UGUCCUGCCGGCUCUCCGCAAGAACACGUUGAAGCUCGAUCCGAGAGAAGAAUCCCCCUGUUUGAAGAACUACGUUACCAUGGCCAACCGGAAUGGUCAAGCCAUCCGAUGCCAGAGAGACCGGGGGAACCGGCGGCCACAUGCGCAGCCAUUGGGGGCGCUCCAGCCGCCCGCGUCGAGGAGGAGGCCGGUCCGUGUGGGCGGGCCGCCAGCCGUACAGCCGGCACGAGUUCCACCCCCGGUGUUUGGAGAGGCGGUGCCGAUGCCCGCUCCCACUGCUCUAGCACCACUGGCGUUUCCGGCUCCACCACUGUGGUCAACAACGUCGGUAAACCUCGUCGCGCCUAUGUGGGCCCCACCGGUGUUCCCAGCCCCUGCGCUGGUGUCAUCGGCCAUUGGUGCACCGCAAGCGUGGACAGUACUGGUACCUCCUGUCCCAUCGCAGGUGGCCCCAGGUGUGAUUGUGCGGGCACCACCACUGAUGGCAUACCCGCCGGUGGGGAUAAACGCAACGUGGGUUAUACCAGCGAGCGUUCCCGUAUCGUUGGUAGAACCGGCAAUGCCGACCACAUCGCUGCUGUCAGCCACAUCUCCACUGUCGUGGACGACCACCUACGAGACUGAGGACGAGUACGCCGUGAUCGAGAGCGCUGUCUUGUGGGUGACCGCCCCAGUUGCCACAGCCCGCUACUUCUAGCGCCUUUCAUCCUCCAUGAGAGCACCACCGACCGGCCGUAGGCGGAAAGCUUUAAUUUUUCUGAGGGAAGAGCUCGGACCCUAACAGUUUUCCGAACCCCUCCUCCA